GUAUUCUCAUCGCUGGCUCAUCUGGUAAGAAAUGGCUGCUUCAUCAGACUCUGAGAAAGAACAACAAAUUACUGAAAUUAGUGACCAAGAACAAACACAUACGCUGGAUGAAAACGAGAAUGAAAACCACGAGAUGGAUGAAUCGAAUAAGAUUAAUGGAAAUCCAGGAUGGGCGGAUGCCAUGGCAAGAAUUUUGACCAAGCCACUGCCAGACGACAAGCCAGCUGUUCUCAUCAAGUACAAGAAAGCAGAAAGAGAGAGGAAGAGAAAACAUGAAGAAGUUGCAAAGCAGAAGGUUAUCAGCCAGGAAAAGCACCAGGCAAGGGAACAAAACCAUGUCAAACCUGCUCCAAGUAAUGAUGAAAAGGAGAGAACGUUAAGAAGGAUUGCAACAAAAGGAGUGGUGAAGCUGUUCAAUGCCGUGAACAAACACCAAAAAGAUCUUGAUGCUAAACUAAAGACUGCACCGACUGAAGCAAAGAAGGCAAAAGUACUGAAGUCAGUGUCUAAGUCAAGUUUUCUGGAUAUGCUUAAAAGUAAUUCAAAUGAAACAGUUCAACAUGGAAAUGAUGUUAAUGGAAACGAAGACAAAGCAUCGAAGUGGGACAUUUUAAGAGAAGACUUUAUGAUGGGGGGUAAAAUGAAAGAUUGGGAUAAGGACAGUGAUGACAACGAGAAUGAAAACGAAGAGAACCGACUGGCUGUUGAUUUUGAUGAUGACGAGAGUGACUAAGAUAUACAGUUGCAAAUCGUGGUUUAGUAUCUCGUGGUUAGCGAGAAAGGAAAUGCAGAAAAAAAGUGGAUGCGGAGCAAUUGAUAUCGACAGUGGGAGAUAUACCGUUUAAGUACGUAUCGGUGAUAGAACCAGUGAGUGGUGUUAAAACUUUCAAUCUUUACUUGCAACAGUGAAUGAUCUUUAAUAAUUAAAUGCUAGAGCACAGGGUUGAUCAUAACGCCCACUAAGUAUAUACGAUCAUGUUACAUAACUUACAUUAAACUCAAAGCUAAAACUUGUCGCCCCACCGAAUUUCGGUCUGCGUGUUAACCCAGAACCUUAUCAACAGAACCUACUUUUGAACUUAACCUGGACGUCGAGUAUAGCAUACAGCACUAAUGCCUAAAAUACCUAAUGUUAUUUUGUUACACAUUUCAUCCAAGAAAAAAUAGAAGUCAUGGUAGUGUAACAGCCAGGGCGCUUAUAUAUAAACACGAGGCAUUUAUAUUUGUAAAAAAUAGACGAUAUUUAUUUUACUUGGUGAAAAAAUUGAUUUUAUCAUAAGGUUUCAGCGUCAACUGGUAACAGCAGUCUGAUUUACGCUGUCUCAAGUCAACCAUGCCUGUAACCAUGUAUAU